AUGGAAAUAGAAAGCGACUCCCAACUUCUUGAGAACAUUAGACGUAAACAUGAGAAUCAUGCGAAUACGGCUUCUUCAGUAAACAUUGAGAAUAAUGAUGGGAUCCGCGUAAAAUUGCGAGCACUCUUAGUAGCUUUAUUAGGAGUGUCGAUGUCGGCUUGCGCUUUUGCCUCACAGCCUGUUGAACUAGAACUGGACGACGAAGAAGUAAGCCAAAGGCUGAACAAUGUUAGCUUUGGAAGACGCAUAACGAAACCAACUAUCCGCCUAGUUAUUGGCUAUGGCAAAUUAAGUGCUUUCAUAACUGCUUCUACUUCUUUACUACUUCUCGUUGCUGUCAUGUCGAAGCAAUCUUGGUGGCGUCAUGGCGCAAAAUGGCUAGCAUUGCCAGCGCUACUUGUAACUGCACUAGAAGUUGCGUCUGACGCGAGUGAUGCUCUAUUAGCUGCCUUGCUGCGAGGAUCUGCUGAGCCAGUUCUUGUAGCCACGCAGACAGUAGCUGCAUGUCUAUUGAUCACUGUUGAAAUUCUUGUUUGGUAUUUCAUAGCAAAAUUCUUCGAAUAUAAUCCACCUCCCAUCCCUAAUGAAGUUAAGAAGCAAACUAUGACAAAACAAAUUAUAAUUCAUAAUGUUCAA